CUGAGGCUGACAGACGUAAACAAACGGCGCCUGAUAGUGACAGAGAAGAGCCCCGCAAAGAAGAAGAAGGAAUGUGCUGACCAUGUUCUCCGGCAGGAAGGAAGAGAAGCCCAGGAGGGCGAGGACGGGCGCCAACCUGGCCCAGCUUGGGUUGAUGGAUGUGCCUGACCUUGAUAACCCUAGUGAUGGCGAGGGUGACGCAGCACUGGAGGCCGAGCUUUUGGCCCUCACUGGGGGAGGAGGAGGCCGCCGACCCCCCAACAAAAAAGGCAAGGACAUGAUGUCCCCCGAGGUGUUGGCAAAGAUGGUGUCUGAAUGCAUGAGGGAUGAUGAUGAGGAUGAGGAUGACAUUGAUGAAGAAGACUCUGAUCUGCUGGCCGAGCUCUCCGCACUGAAUCAAGAGGAAAACGGGGAGAGUCGAGAGAGUACGCCAUCCAGACCAGCACCUGCAGUACCCAGAAAACCAGCAUCAGACUACCGCAACCCAGAACCGAUCCUCCCCCGUCAGGCCCCCAUGGCGGCUGGGAGCAGUGUGCUGGACCUCUUAGCCGAGAGGAUUUCCAUGUAUGAGCAGGCGGAGGCGCACGCCCAGGCCAGUGGAGAUUCGUCAAGAGUGCGGAGGUUUAAUCGGGGCCUCAAGACCUUACAACAGAUGCAGAAGAACGUGAAAGCAGGGAACGCAAUCAACGAGGAUGGCAUUCCCCCGCCGGUGUUGGUUCGUCAGGGUGAAAGAACCCCUAGAGAUGAACCUCGGUCCCAGUCAUCCACCCCAGCCGUGCCCUCCCCCGCUGAGGAGAGUUCCCCCUCCCACAAAAAUAUGACCCCAGCCUCCCUCCCUCAAAGUCUGGCUUUUAGGGAGCAGGAUCCACCUGUCCCAGAGCCCAGGGUCACCACCAAGAGAGAGCCUCUAGGGCCACCCUCAGCACCUCAACUUCAAAGGCAGCCCUCCCAAGGUGCUGCGCCUCCACCCGUGCUGCGCAGAACCCCCUCCUCAUCGUCUGCCACCUCCUCCGCCUCAGGGCCAGCUACUGCCGUCCGCCAGCUGCACACCCAGUACAAGGUGGCAGCGCUGACGGCCAAGAAGGCCGGGGACAAGGACCAGGCCCUGCAGUACAUGCGCAUCAUGAAGCAGAUCGAGCCCACCCUCCAAGCGGCUGAGAGUGGCCAGCCUGUUGACCUGACCACCUUGCCCCAGCCACCAGGCCAGGCACCACCCUCUGUGCCGCCCCCUCGAGAGACGCUUCCAGAGAGCGUUCCACCAGCCCAGCCGGCACCAGUAGCCCAGGCCAGUGGGUCUGUCGAGGCUGUGGCUGAUGCAGGGGGCGGAGGAGACCCAGCACCCGGGGGUCCCCCUCGGCCUGCCUCAGUGCUGGAGGCCCUGGAGCAGCGGCUGGCCAAGUACACAGAGCAGCGGGACAAGGCCAAGAGUGAGGAGAACGCCCGCAAGGAGCGCAUGAACCAGCGCAUCAUGAAGCAGUACGAGGAUGCUAUCAAGAAGCAUAAGGCAGGGAAACCAGUCGACUUUGAUGAGCUGCCGUCCCCACCAGGGUUUGCUCCCAUCCCCGUUGGAGGAGGCGGCCCAGCAGCUGCUCCCCCAGCCACAGCCACUCCCGCUCCUGCUGCUGGGGAGGCUGGUGCAGUGGAACCAUCACCCCCUAAGCAGCCCAAGCAGGCCCCAGCACCUGUCCCAGGCCAGGCACCUCCUGCUGUUGCCCCAAAGCCUGCUGGACCUCCUAAAAAUGUGAGACUGGCACCUCAAUCCCGGGUGGAGAAGCAACUGGCCUUCCUCACUCGGCGGCAGGCACAGUUCAAGCAGGCAGCUCUGGAGGCCAAGAAGCGUGGGGAGAUUGAGCAGGCAAAGGAGUACCUCAGGAUGAGCAAAGGCUUUGAUCAACUCAUUGAGGCCACACGGAAUGGCCUCCCGGUGGACAUGAACACAGUGCCAGUGCCGCCUCAGGAGAAGAUUCCACAGAGCAGUAGCACAGACUUUGAGCUGGUGACUGCUGACGACUGUUUGGUGGCCCCCGAGGGAACCAGCGGGGACGUGGCCAUCAUCUACACCAAGCUGGAGGAAGACCUCAUCGCCCAGAUCAAGAUGUGUGCCGAGACUCGAGAACACUUCAAGGCCACCGGUGACGUGGCGAGCGCCAACCGCUUUGAGCAGCUGAUCCUGCACACCAAGAAGGACCUGGAUGCUGUGAGGGCAGCCUUCAAGCGGGGCAGCACACCGCCACGCUUCCAUUACGAAACCAGAUCCUUCAACAUAAUCCAAUGUAACACGGAUCUCAAUGACUCUGACUGCGAGGUGAGCAUCAUGCGAGGAAUCAACUUCAACGUCCAGAACCCCAAGGACGUGGACACCUACGUCAGGGUGGAGUUCCCUUAUCCAGCGGACAACUCGCCUCAGGACCGCAGCGGCACGGUCAAGGACACCAACAACCCCGAGUACAACCACAAGACCGUCUUCAGCAUUGACCGCAAGUCCCGAGCGCUGGCCAGGGUCUUCAAGAGGCACGCCAUCAAACUGCAGGUCUUCACUAAGGGAGGCUGGUUCCAUCGUGACACAAUCUUGGGCUCAGUCAAGGUGCCUUUGGUGGGACUGGAGACAAAAUGCACACUACACGACUCCUUUGAUUUGAUGGAUGAAAGAAAGCGCAUGGUGGGAGGCAAGCUGGAGGUGAAGGUACGUCUGAGGAACCCCAUCGUGGCCAAGCAGCUUGAGAAGGUCACGGAGAAGUGGCUUGUGAUUGAUGGAUUUUGAGGUAGACAUUUUGAAGGUGUCUGAAGAAGUACUACCCACACACACUUCAGGAAUUCAUCAUAUCCCUUCUCUGUCAUCCACGACCAAAUUGUUCCUUGGCAUCAGUCACGUGUCCAUAUUUUUCCUAUAUAAACAGUAAGGUGAAGGUUGAAUGAUUAGAAUUGAGUGCAAUACUGUAGCCUUCGAACUCAACAGUUGAUCUGUAAGAAAAAUUUAUUCUAAGGUUUGAUUUUCCAGCCAUAAAUUAAGAUUCUGUUGUCUGAGCAGCCACAUGACGGUAGAGGACUUAGCAGAUGUAGGGAAACACUAUUUGAACAAUGAUUUUGAGAGAAAGGAUACAAUUUUGUGCUCACUUUUUGCAGUACUCAAGCUAAAGAAAACAGGCAGCAGUCAUUAAAUCAAACUUAAUACUCACAAGAUAUUACUUGCAUUUCUUCCUGUAUGGAGACUGUUGAAAUAGAUGUUUUAAGACAUCUAUUUAAGCUCAAGUAUUGAAUAUAAAUAGAAUAGUCCAGCACCAAGUGACAGCGACCCGUCGUU